ACGCUAACACAGUAAGCCAGUAACGCUGAAUGUGGUUGAAGCUAUUUGUCUUUUGUGUAAUUUUAUAGUUAUUUAACUAAUUUUACUAAAUAAUGAAUCAUUUUUUUUGUACAGAAUGUGUGGCUAAAUAGUAAUAUUUUGUGACUUUCAAUAAAAGUACCAUCUCGGCAAAUUUGUGAAUGUGAAUAUAAAUAUUACAAAUGGUUUCACUUCCUGAUAAUUUAAUAAUGCUUUUGUGAUUGAAAUGGACUCGUUUGACCCGUCUGGCCGUCUGGCGACUGGCCACUGGCGUCUCGCGUCUACUCAGUACUCAGCAACUCUAAGGAUAAAUAAGUCGACUACCACGCCCUCUAAGAGAAAAUUUAUACCCCAAACGCAUAGAAUUACAGCAGUCCUUUGUGAUCGAGUUCUGAUUAAGUUAAUUGCAUAGGAUACAGAUUACUGUCUAUUGAUAUGACUGACUGUUGAAUAUCCGAUUAGUCAACUUGGUCUUGGUUGUUGCACUUUAUGAUUGUUACUUUAUAUUUAUUGUCUAACACUACAUUUUAAUAAUGCAUAAGUGUAUUGUGUGUGGUAAUAUUUCUCAUAAUACUAGGUACACACGUCCUGAGGUUAUUUAUCAUACAUUCCCUAAGAAUGAAUAUAAGAGGAGAAGGUGGCUUAAAGUUUUUGGAUUUGAACAGUGUAAUGAUUGGCAUCGUGUAUGUAGUGAUCAUUUUUUAGAAGAAGACUAUAGGCCUGGAGCAAAACGAUUCUUAUUGCCUAACACUAUUCCCCAACCUUUUGAUCAAAAUUACAAUGAUGAUAAUUUUUCCAAUAAUACUCUAAAUGAUGAUGGGCAAAUUAGCAGUAAUGAAUGUUUACCAAUGAAUCAAAAUCUUGUAAUAGAUGAACAAAUUGAAGAAAUUGUUAUAAAUAAUUUUGAAUCGCCAAGACGGUCAUCUAGAAAAAUUAAACUUACUACAACUAAUGAGGACAUGAGCUAUGAAAAUAUGCCGAGACUUCAAACUGAACGAUUUGAGAGAAAAGUUCCUACAUAUAUAACUAACGAUAUAGCUAAUGAAAACAAUCAAUCAGUUCAAGUACCAGUUUAUCAGGAUCACAGUUUGGGAAGUGGAAUACGCUGUUCUAUUAAAAAUUGUAGAAACAGAUCUUCAAAAAAUCUCAGUUUCUUUGGCUACCCUAGUGAUGUCAACAUGAGAAAACUUUGGUUUGAAAAAUGUGGAUUAAAAGGCUUAGAUCCUACUAAAAAAGUAAAAAGUACUUUAAAAGUAUGCGGCCAACAUUUUAAAAAUGAUUGUUUCGUGAAUUCAGAAAAGCAGAACAGAUUAAGAUAUGAUGCUGUUCCAACAUUAUUUUUAGAUAAUGAUACAAGUUUAAUAGAUGAAAAAAAUAUUCCAUCAACAAGUUCAUCUAGCAAUAAUGGGUUUAUUUUUAUGGAUAAACCACCUUUUCUGUCUUCAAAUUAUAGUGAAAAUGAAGAAACUAACCAACUUCCUAAUGAAUAUGUUACGUACGAAGUUGGUUGUUCCAUUACGAACACUAAUAAACUUGUGUGUUGUGUACCAGGAUGCAUGGCUAAUGCAAAUACAAACAAUUCUGAAAAUCCUGAUGUUCAAUAUUUCAGCCCAAACCAGGGUUCUUUAGAUGAUUGGAGUUCAAUAUUAGGCUUAAAGUUAGUUGGGAACAGCCCUAUUUGUGCAAAUCAUUUCAGACCCGAAGACAUAAUUUCUACCGAAUUGAAUAUUAAUGGUAUAAGAAAAUUAGUAAAUGUACUACUAGGUGAUGCUAUGCCAUUACCAAUGCAUUUUAAUUCUAUGCAGUCAACAACUACUACUAAGCAAUUAGAAAUUAACGAUCUACCAUUGAAAACAUAUGAAGGUAGAAAAAAAAGACCAAGGGCUAAUAAUAAUAAAAAACAUUUGUCAACAAAAAAAAUCAGAAAAAAUUUAAUAAAUAAAUCAAAUACAACUACCGAGGCAAUGUAUAUUUCUGGAAAUGAAGAUAAUGUGUAUACAUCUGCUACAAAUGGCACCCAUAAUUAUGUUUCAACUUGUGAUUUAAAUCCAACAUUAGAAUCAAAUACUGUAAAAACUAAUAAUCUUCCGAAGAAUAUUGAUAACGUUUCUACAUCAAAUACUUUCAAGUCAUCCUUCAUAGAAGUACUUCCAAAAAUUUUAGCCAAUAGUUCUCUAUCUUUUCGUUUACAAUCUAAUGAUGAGCAGUACACGAAUAAAGAGAUCUCAGCAAUUGAUAAUAGUAAAGAAGUUGUUAAAUCCUAUAAGCCAAUAUUAAAAAAAAUACUAACUGAAAAUAUGUCUAACGUUUAUAGUAUGUAUCCAACAACUUCAGAUAACAGUUCUAUUAUUAAUUCAAGUUCAGGAAAAACAUGUCCCAUUAAUGUGUCUGAUACGUCUCUGACUAUUAGUGAAAAACCUGUAAAACCUGUUGUUGAUUUUUCAAUGGUAAAAAUGGAACCAAAUGAUAAUAUGUCUGACUCAUUAGAAACAAAUUUUGAACAAAUAACUGAAACUCAUAAUUCUAUGCAUAAUAAUCUACAAUCGAGCUUGAUACAGUAUGAACAGAACUGGGAUACAACACCAAAACAAAGUACAGUAAACCCAGAAUUUAGUGCUUUUCCUACUACAGAACUAAAAAUAAAACCUGAACUAGUUGAAAAUAAUGAUGAUUUACCUCUUUCACCAACUUCUAUUGAUGAUUCUUUAUCCAUUGAAAUGUCAAAUCUCAAUCAAAAACUUAAGAAGAUUACAGCUAACAGUUCGCUGUCCAUUACUUUGGAACCAUUGGAGAGUAAUAGAGCAAUAGAACCAUCAGUUAGUUUAUAUUCAAAAACUUCUGUUAAAAGUUCUAUGUCGAUUACAUUACAACCAAAACUUAAACAUAACCCUUCUUUAACUACAAAUAAUAGUUAUCCGUCUGUUUCUUUAAUACCUAAUAUUCCAUCCACAAGUAGUGCCAUGUAUAAUAUAUCACAACAUAAUUCAACACAAUAUGAACAGAAAUCAGCUUCAACCUCAAGUAUACCGAAUCAACUGUCUUCCAAUAAUUUAAUUUAUCCAAAAUUCAUUAACAAUCAAAUGAUAAAAGCUAUCUCUCCCAUAUAUAAGCCUAAUUUAUUAGAAUUAUCUAAAUCUCAUGAAAUAAGAAAUCCAGUCAUUGAUACAUAUUAUUCAUUAAAGUCAAUGCCAAAUGAUUUUAAUUCAAAUUAUAGUACAAAUAUCUCAGAAUGUUUAAUUGAUGAAAACAACUCUGAAGAUGAUUGUAGAGUUGAAGAAAAAGAUAAUGGAUUUAUUUACGAAGUUUCUAAAACUGUUACACUACCUGUAUCUUGGACGAGUAUACAUAAUAAUAAACAAAACUCAACAGUUUUUUGUCAAUUAAAUGAUUUAAAGGAAACUGUGAAAAAAGUUAAUUUUUCUAACAGCUUGGUGCCAACUAUACUAAUGUAUGGCAAGAUAUACCAACACAAUAUUCCUAUUAAAACAAAGAUUCAGCUGGAAACACUUUUAAAAAAAAUUGAUAACUUUCAACAAUGUUCUGGUAAUGAUGGAUGUAAUCAUGAUGAAUGUAUUGGUUAUUUUGAACCUCAUCUAACCGAUAUUGAUUUGUGUUCUGUCUGUCAAAAUAUUAUUAAAAAUCAAGAUAUGCAAAAAAUUACAACAAUAAUUGCGAAUAAAUCAAAAACUAUUGCAAGUCUUGAAAACAAGAUCUCUGAAAGGAAAUUAAGAGUAAAUGAAGCCAGGAAAAUGUUGCAAAAAAUAAAAAAAAAUGAAAAUAAUAAGGUAUUAUAUACUUUGGAUCCAUCUGGAAUUUCAAAUGUUAUGAAUCAUAAUGAACAUUAAUAAUUCAUUGUAUUUAUGUAUUCUUAAGUGUAUUUAUUUGCCAUUUAUAAUUACUUAAAAACCUAUAAUUUUAAGCCAUACUGUUCUCAUUUUUUAAAUAAAUGUGAAAAUACUGUAGUAUUUAUUUAUAGAAUCUUCAAUAUAAUACAUUAUUAUUUCAUGAUAUGGUAUUCUGAAUUUUAAAAUAGUUUUAAAAAUAUAAUUGUUAAUUGUCUUUUAAUACAAAGUAAAAAAGGUUAUGUUAAUAUUACUAAAUAAUUUAGUUAAGAUUGGCUUAUCGGAUGAGUAGAUUAAAUUUGACUUGCAACUAGUGUAAUAAUUUAUACAUAAUUAUAUAUUUUUUUUACUGUUUUUUUUUUUUACCAUAAACAUUACCGAUGUAAUAAACUGUAUUUUAAAAAACGUUUA